AUCCUGACUGCCAUGUAACUGUGUACUGUGCUGCUGAGCUCUUAACGUGAAGCAGUAGCAGUGACCCUGGCGGGCCAGGCUGACGUGCGUGGGAACAGUGGGAGUAACCCUGGCUGGGAAGCAGGGAGGCCUGGAUAUUGUUUCUCCUGGCUCUGUGUCCUGCCAUUCUCGUCCCUGUGCUCAGAGCUCUCAAGCACCCACGAUGGCCUUCUCAGGCCGAGCGCGCCCCUGCGUUAUCCCAGAGAACGAAGAAAUCCCCCGAGCAGCCCUUAACAGUGUCCACGAGGCCAAUGGGACCGAGGACGAGAGGGCUGUUUCCAAACUGCAGCGCAGGCACAGUGACGUGAAAGUCUACAAGGAGUUCUGUGACUUUUAUGCAAAAUUCAACAUGGCCAACGCCCUGGCCAGCGCCACUUGCGAGCGCUGCAAGGGCGGCUUUGCGCCCGCUGAGAAGAUCGUGAACAGUAAUGGGGAGCUGUACCAUGAGCAGUGUUUCGUGUGCGCUCAGUGCUUCCAGCAGUUCCCAGAAGGACUCUUCUAUGAGUUUGAAGGAAGAAAGUACUGUGAACAUGACUUUCAGAUGCUCUUUGCCCCUUGCUGUCAUCAGUGUGGUGAAUUCAUCAUUGGCCGAGUUAUCAAAGCCAUGAAUAACAGCUGGCAUCCGGAGUGCUUCCGCUGUGACCUCUGCCAGGAAGUUCUGGCAGAUAUCGGGUUUGUCAAGAAUGCUGGGAGACACCUGUGUCGCCCCUGUCAUAAUCGUGAGAAAGCCAGAGGCCUUGGGAAAUACAUCUGCCAGAAAUGCCAUGCUAUCAUCGAUGAGCAGCCUCUGAUAUUCAAGAACGACCCCUACCAUCCAGACCAUUUCAACUGCGCCAACUGCGGGAAGGAGCUGACUGCCGAUGCACGGGAGCUGAAAGGGGAGCUAUACUGCCUGCCAUGCCAUGAUAAAAUGGGGGUCCCCAUCUGUGGCGCUUGCCGACGGCCCAUCGAAGGGCGCGUGGUGAACGCCAUGGGCAAGCAGUGGCAUGUGGAGCAUUUUGUUUGUGCCAAGUGUGAGAAACCCUUUCUUGGACAUCGCCAUUAUGAGAGGAAAGGCCUGGCGUAUUGUGAAACUCACUAUAACCAGCUAUUUGGUGAUGUUUGCUUCCACUGCAAUCGUGUUAUAGAAGGUGAUGUGGUCUCUGCUCUUAAUAAGGCCUGGUGCGUGAACUGCUUUGCCUGUUCUACCUGCAACACUAAAUUAACACUCAAGAAUAAGUUUGUGGAGUUUGACAUGAAGCCAGUCUGUAAGAAGUGCUAUGAGAAAUUUCCAUUGGAGCUGAAGAAAAGACUUAAGAAACUAGCUGAGACCUUAGGAAGGAAAUAAGUUCCUUUAUUUUUUCUUUUCUAUGCAAGAUAAGAGAUUACCAACAUUACUUGUCUUGAUCUACCCAUAUUUAAAGCUAUAUCUCAAAGCAGUUGAGAGAGAAGAGGACCUAUAUGAAUGGUUUUGUCAUUUUUUUAAUUAAAAAAGAAAAAUUCAUAUAAUCGUGUUUAAAACACAAAUGAAGUCAGUAUUUGCCUUUGUUAACCCUUAUCCAUUUGUUGACAUGUAGACUGUUUACAAAAAAAAAAAACACAUGGUUAAAUGUUAAAUUUUAAUUAAGGCCCCCAAAAAUUAAAUAUAACUUUUUAAAAUGAAAGGAGUCACCUUUUACAUGACUCAGGUGAAAAAACAGUAUAAACAUUAAUUUACUUUGUGUUCAAAAGAAAAUUCCAACUGCUGUUGGGGAAGGACACAAAAAAGAAAAAUAACCACCCAAGAGAAACAAAAACAAGAAAAACAAAUCUAUACAAUCUUAGUAUAUUUAUCAAACUAGUAGCUAGAAAGUGAAUAUGCACGUUACUAAGACAAAAAACAAGUGUAAUUCAGAACUACUUGAUUUUUUUUAGUUAAAUGCAAUAAUUAUUAUGCUUAGUUUUAUAACCUGCUCUCCUUGUGAAUUCUUCCUUCAAAUGAUUACUGAACGCAGUAGUAAUAGCUAGCUAGUAGGAUGUCCUUUAAAUUUUUGUGCAAAAAAAAUUUAUACCAGGUAUUUGGAAAUAUACUUUACAAUAUUGGAAAAUGAAGUAUUUUUAAUGUAUUACAGCAAUUAUGUUUCUAAGCUUAAUGUUAAGCAUGUAGUCUUAGAAUAGGACAUGAAAUUAAAUUGUAUGUAGCUUGGAAUAUAUUGCUUCAGAAAACUGAAUGUGUAUGUCGGUCAUAUUGCCUUUAUAACCAUGCUAAUAUCUAUGCUUUAUACAUACUCAAACUUGCCUUGCCUUAAAAAAAUACAUACUACAUACUUAAAUCAGGAAUUCUAGCCAUCUCACAGAAUACCAACUAAAACUAAGUACAUUGAGAUCUGAGAUUGGUAAACCCAGAUUCAUUUACCACAGCUGUAAUUAAGUUUUUAGAAACUCUAUUCUCUUCUUUUUGGGGAAAUCCAUUGAAGUUAAUUUCUGUUAUCUUAUUAGAAGAAAAUGAUGUUGAUAUGUGUUUCAGAUUUUCCAUUUCAAAUCUUAUAAUUAAUUUGAUUUAUUUACUAUAAGUAGGAGGUAUAAAUGACACUCUUAAAUUGGAAGGAGGGUGUUUUAGUGUUUGUUUUAGGUCAAAAUUAGUGAUUCUAUUUUUAUCAAAAGUUUUAUCUUGAAGUUUCAGGACCACUCUUCCUUAAUAAACUUGUUAAUGGAAAGCGAGCUUUAUGAACAUUUAAAAAUGUUGCUGCUGCUUUGUUACUUAAAAAGAAAGUUGCCAAGAGAGACUUCUUAGGGAAAAUAUUUGGGUUUUUUUUCCAAAAAUUGCUGAAAUAUUGUUUUGCCAUUUUCAAAAAGUCUCAGGUUAUUACCACUCUGCCAUUAAAUAUUUGUAUGCCUGCAUUUUUAAAAAUUCUGUGCAUGUACUUUAUGGAGUACAUUCUAUUUUUGUUUUCAGAUACCCUGCAACCAAUUUUUUUUUAGUAAUCUUUUAGAACUAAAAUUAUCAUAAAUGAUUGAAAAUAAUCAUCACAUAGUUUAAGAUUGUAUGUGUUCAGUAGUUUAAAACAAUCUUUGCAUUUGACAGUAAGAAUCAAAGUCCCUUCAGUGUGCCUUUGUCAGCUAAUAUGUGACCAGCAAUGACAACCUUGGGAGUAUUUAUUAAAUAUUAUGCUAUGAAUAUAGGCAACAUAAGACAGGGUUUGCAGUAUAGCGUCUUGAUGCUAAAUUCUCAUAUACCUCUACACGAGAAAUAUGGAGGAGAAAAACAAGCAUUUACAUAUAUUCUUCGUCACUUUGAAGAUGCAUGGCCUGAACUCGACUGCUUGUGUUUGUUUACAUAUCAGGCACACCCAGGCAUCUCCUGCAGCCAGAGGUUCCACUGCUGUCUUUGCUCAGUCCUCUUUUAAAAUAUGAAUUAGUGGACAGGCACGGUGCCUCACACCUGUAAUCCCAGCACUUUGGGAGGUCGAGGCAGGUGGAUCACGAGGUCAGGAGAUCAAGACCAUCCUGGCUACCACUGAAACCCCAUCUCUACUACAAAAAAAUUAGCCGGGCGUGGUGGCGGGCACCUGCAGUCCCAGCUACUCAGGAGGCUGAGGCAGGAGAAUGGUGGGAACCCGGGAGGCAGAGCUUGCAGUGAGCCAAGAUCGCGCCACUGCACUCCAGCCUGGGCAACAGAGCAAGACUCUGUCUCAAAAAAAAUAAAUAAAUAAAUUAUGAAUGAGUAUUUUCUAGAAAUUCAACUUGCUAAGCCUGUAAUACUUAAGGGUAGUUUAUCUAGAUACAGUACUUUCUUCCCUGAUAAGUAGUAUCAUUGGAGCCCUUAGGCAUAGGAGAAAAGGAAGAAGUUUAAAAAGUGUAAGUGGGCCGGGCGUGGUGGCUCAUGCCUGUAAUCCCAGCACUUUGGGAGGCCGAGGGGGGCGGAUCACGAGGUCAGGAGAUCCAGACUAUCCUGGCUAACAAGGUGAAACCCCGUCUCUACUAAAAAUACAAAAAAAAACAUUAGCCAGGCGUGGUGGCGGGCGCUUGUAGUCCCAGCUACUCGGGAGGCUGAGGUAGGAGAAUGGCUUGAACCCAGGAGGUGGAGCUUGCAGUGAGCCGAGAUCGCGCCACUGCACUCCAGCCUGGGCGACAGAGCAAGACUCCGUCUCAAAAAAAAAAAAAAGUGUAAGUGGAUUAAAAGAGAAACUUGGUCUAGUUCAUAAUAUUUUUAAUAGGGCUUUCCCUGGCUGCUGGAAAACUUAGGCCAGUAAGCAUCUCUUUGUUUAAAGUCCUACAAGACAAUUUGAAAUAAUUCAUUGUUCAUGCCAAAAUUCUAAGUACUGUUUUUCUUAGCAAGUGUAAUAUAAUCGGGAAAAAUGGGUAUAAGUAAAACAUUCUUUGGAUCAUAUUCAAAGCCUUAUUAGCACUGCACCUGAGUAAUAGGUCAUUUUGCCUCACUCAUUUGCCAAAGUAGCCAUUUCUAAGUUAAGGAAGUUUUUAGGUAGGCUUAUAGCCUUGUAUUUCAUUUUAGAUUGUAAGCUCAGUGGCAGGGAUACUAUAUCGGUAAUUAUGUUUUCAUAUAGCAACCACCACAGUAUAUUCUUGGUGCUUAAUAAAUGUUUAUAAUUGUUAACAAUAA